AUACCAAGUUGCAUGCAAUAUUGAGUGCUAGUGAGUUAGAGCCCGCGUUUAAUAAUAUGACGGCCCAAAUAGUGGAAAAAAUGGAAGGGUUUCAGGAGAAGGACAGUGGAUGGGCUUAUUGAGGUUAACGCAUUACGAAUUAAACCUAAAUGAGUUCAAACCACUCCGGGGAACGAAUUUUAUUCCAUCCCCAAAGUACAUAGCCCAAAAACGUGAGUCAUAGUCGACGAAGCAGAUGCCAACCAUCUGCGACCACCAUCAAACAAUUCAAUAGAUAACAAUAUCUGUAGUCCUUCCUGGAAUAAUAUCACAUUGGGUAAACAAAUCCCCGACCUUCCUGGAACAUUAUCACCAUGGGUAAUAAAAGUCUUAACCCAUAUAGUAAUAAAGAUCGCAGGUCAUAGGGAAACAUGUUCUGUAUAGUUUCCCUGUGUUAAAGAUAAGAUAUACGAUAAGAACCAUGGGUCAUAAGGAAAUAUGUGUUGUAUAUUUCCCUAUCGAUUCAUUAGUAAGUAAGACGUAGUAUUUAAGGAGGUGUAGAAACGGAGAUCAGCAGUUCCUCGAGUACUACCAGAGCGUAAGCACUCUGGCCCUCGUGAAUAAAAAAAAAAUAUAAAAGCAAAUACCGUGCAUGUGUAAACGUGAGAAAUAAAGAUAUUUUUUGCUUCAAGUGGAGCAUCAUUUCUGCCCUAUACCCCGUGAAUACUCACUUAGAAAAAACAUCACUAUAUGAAAUCGAUGAUAUCACAGAUAGUGUAAUAGUGCUAAAAAAUGGACGAAUUAUAAACUUUUGGGGGCUUGAUUUCCCCCGUAAAGCGAAAGACAUUAAUGUGUUCGAGGAGCUGAAUCCAUCAAUCAGCAUCAAUUUAUUUGGAUAUGAUUCAGAAAUUAAAAAGAUUGUGGGUCCAUACCACCUGUCGAAGGAGGAAAAGGUGCACCACAUCAACUUGCUGCUGCUGCAAUUUGGAGAAAAAAAACCACUACAUUUGGAUUAAAGAUAUGUCAAGAUUAAUACGAGAGCAACAAACAUCACACUGCUCAAAAAUAUUUAUAUGCAACAAAUGCCUUCAGCAUUUUUAUUCAACGGAAAAGCUGAAGAGUCAUGAAAACGAUUGCAGCAAAAUUGUAACAAAAAUGGUGUCCCCGGAGAAAUCAACGGUUGAGUAUAGACAUUUCGAGAGACAAAUAGAUGUACCUUUUGUAGUCUAUGCGGAAUUCGAAUGUCUAUUUCAAGAUAUUCAAAGUUGUCAGCCAGAUCCAGCAUCAGCGUGA